AUGAUCCCUCUCCUCCUCAUCACCCUACUCGCAUCCUUCCUCCCGAGCACGUCAAUAGCGGCAGACUCAAACUACCCAGCCUGCGUCAACACUUGCAUCUCUUCCAACCCCUCCAACUCCUCCUGGUGCCAGGGCUCCGAGACCGGACGUACCCGCACAGAAUGCAUCUGCCGUGGACUUCUGGGCGCCCCCAUGCUCAAUUGCAUCCGUGAUUGUGACCCGGCUGACCAGUGGGCGUUUGCCGACGGAUUACCGGACGCUUGUCGCGAGAAGGUCUUUCCUGAGGCUAAGGAGGGAGAUUCGACGAACACAGGGGGUGCGGGGAGGAUUAUUGGUAGCUUUGGUGGUGGAUUGACGGCGUGCGUUGUUGGGGUUGUGGUUGUUGCUUUGAAUGGAUGA